CUCAGAAUCAGUUGGAUUCUUACGCGCGCUUGCUCAGUUACGCUGCCCGUUGGCAGCUGGAAACUUUUUUCAUUUUACAAAAAUAAAAAUUAUUCUCUUUUUCUUCAACAAUUUUUUAAUUGGAAAGAGUUCUGCGCCUGAACUUCCCACCAACACCACAGUACACUCACAGAAACGGUUCGCUAAUUGUCGUGUGUCCAAGUGAAUUUGCCGUGAAUUUCAAUUAAUCAGCCGCGUUUGCGCGUCAUUUGUUGCAACGCGCCGUUGGCAAUACAAAUUGCACGCUUCGCCCACUUUGCUAUUUGCCAGCGCCUUGGCUGUGUGGCGGCGCGCCGCGUUUGAAAAUGUGUCACUAGCGAAUUGUGGCCAAUUGUAGGUGUCGGCCAUGGCCGCGUGAAAUAUACUCAUUCAAUCGUUUAGAAAUGUGAAAAGUGUGCCGAAACUUGUGAAAAACACACAAACAAAAUAUAAACAAAGAAACGUUAGAAAUUACCUUCACUGUGUGCGUGUUUGCUGUAAAAGAAACUAUUUACUUUUAAAUAGAAUAAUCUGUUUUUAAACGUUGCUUCGUUAAUGCGUAUUGCGUGUGCUGCAUGCCGGAGCAUUUGCCGAGUAUAUUGUAUUUCGAGACGGUAUAACGCGGAAUUAAUUACUCAUACAAACGGUAGCCAUUUGUAAACAAAAACAAGAGCGACAAGACAAGAAGCACACGCGAGUAACAGCAACGAAGAAACGCAUAUAACACAAGUCCAUCGAGGACGGCGGCACAGAUCCCGGCGUCGAACAGCAGUGAUAAAAGAAAGCUACUGCUACAAAGCACACCAAAAUGGGCGUUGGGAGCGGUGGUGCAGCGGCUUGCAUGCUGCUACUCUGCUAUCUGAGCAGUCAAACGUUGGCGCACAUACGCAUUGAGGCACCCGAAGUGCAUGCCAUCGAGCCAGCGUCGCACUCCACAGGCAGUUUUGUACGCUCGGCUGUGGAGAGCGUGCCGAUCAAGGAUCAGGCUAUACAGACGCUCAGCAGAUUCAGUAUGCGUCCUUCUUUUGGCGAUGUCUUCCUGCCGCUGCGCAGCGCUGUAGAAAGCGUGCCAUCGGUGAAUUUACGUAAACUUAGCCAAUUAAGCGAUUCCUUCGGCGUGCGUUCAUUUAUACGUGACUCCGUUGAGUCGCUACCAAUAGAUGAGGAAGAAGAUGAAAAUGAGGACUCAGAACUAGUUUCGAAUGCCGAUUUGGUACGCAGCACCACCGCCACCGAGGCAGAUCCGCAGAAAUUGCAGGACACAAUCUUUGUGGAUGUGAACGGCAAUACAGAAGUGUUUGAUGCGCCCGAUCCUUGGAUGGUUUCGGACAAAUAUGCCGCCUUUGUAGCCCCAGCGCUGGAUGACAAGUAUUUGCCACAACCAUAUCGCGCUGGUUCCCCCUAUCAACAGCUGUUGAAGGACGUUGAGGUGGAGCACUUCGAUCAACAAGACGACGUUGAGCUGCUACGCGAGCAAUUCGGUUAUGGUGCGCUGACUCAUAGUCAAAAUGGCGAUAUUGGUGAAUAUUAUGGUGCGCCGACGCAUCUGAAAUCUGCACCGCCGGCACGUAAAAAUUACAACAGUUCUCCGAAGGUUUUAUGUCACAUAACAAAUUGGGCUUUCUACCGUAAAGCGGAUGGCAAAUUUGUGCCGGAAAAUCUCGAUAGCAGCUUGUGUACGGCCAUUAUUUAUUCCUUUGCCGCUCUGGAUCCAGAUCAUCUGACUAUCAAAGAAUUUGAUCCUUGGGUCGAUGUAGAGAAUCAAUAUUACAAUCGUGCAGUGCAAUCGGGUGUGCCCGUUCUGAUCGCUUUGGGUGGUUGGACCGAUUCUGCCGGCGAUAAAUAUUCCAGACUUGCGGGCGAUGAGAUAAAACGUAAAGUUUUUGCCUCCAAUUUAGUUGGUUUCCUCAAACGUAAUGGUUUCGCCGGUCUACAUUUGGAUUGGAAUUAUCCRAAAUGUUGGCAAAGCGAUUGCUCGAAAGGUCCGGCAAGCGAUAAACCCAAUUUGACCAAAUUGAUACGCGAAAUACGUAAUGAGUUCGACCGUGUUGACAAGAAGCUACAACUCGGCGUUGCUCUAUCUGGUUACAAGGAAAUCAUCACUGAAGCCUACGAACUAGCCGAACUAUCGAAGCUGGUUGAUUUUAUGACCGUAAUGACUUAUGACUAUCACGGCGCUUGGGAAGGACGCACUGGUCAUGUUAGUCCGCUCUAUGGACGCCAAGGCGAUCGUUAUCCGCAAUACAAUACUGAUUACGCCAUGCAACUGCUGAUUAAAUCUGGCGCCAAACGAGAAAAACUUAUUAUGGGUAUUCCAUUCUAUGGACAAUCAUUUACACUUGAUCGCGCCAGCACUACUUUAGUAGGCGAAGGAGUAGCCUCUUCGGCACCAGGCGAACCCGGCGAAUUCACCAAACAGCCAGGUAUGCUGGCCUACUACGAGAUCUGUCAGCGCAUACGCAAAGACAAAUGGCUAGAGGGACGUGACGGCGAGCGCAAAUCGGGUCCCUUCGCAAUGUUGCGCAACCAAUGGGUCGGCUAUGAGGAUCCUGCUUCUGUGGAGGCAAAAGCACGUUAUGCAGCAAAUAACGAUUUUGGUGGCGUUGCUGCUUGGACUGUCGAUUUGGAUGAUUUCCAAAAUCGUUGCUGCAGUGAAGCCUUCCCAUUACUCAAAGCAAUUAAUCGCGCCUUAGGACUGCUUAACACCGAGCCGCCACAUCGUAUAAAUUGUGACCGACCAGUGGCGCCAGUUACACCUAUACCGCCUGUAAUGACCACUGUGAGUAGUGAUGGCUCGGUGAGUAGCACGACUUCUCAGCAACAUGAUCACACAUCACCGACUGCACCAACAACGUGGUGGCCAACAAGCAGUUCCACAUCGACCACACCCUGGUGGACGCCAACGACUACGUCCACCACACCAAGACCAACCACUACCCGAAGAACAACGACUACGACUACUACAACAACAACCACCAGACGUCCAACAACCACGCGUCAUCCAAAUCGCCCUGAACAUACGACAAUUCCUUCUCCAGCCGUGGUGCGUCCAGUGGUGCAAGCAUCGAACUGUCAGCCUGGUAAAUUCUAUGCAGAUCGCUCUAACUGUAAUGCCUACUAUCAGUGUAUCGCUGUUGGUGAACUCCAUCAACAAUUCUGCCCUGGUGGUUUACACUGGAAUGAUCAGAGCAAAAAUUGUGACUGGCCUGAGGCUGCACAGUGUUCUGUGAAAAACAAACCCGUUGCAACUUCUAACUCAGCUACCACACGGCCCACAAAAUCGCCGGGUACAACUGUUCGCCCACCCACACGUCGUACUACCGUCAAACCUGCCUCUACGAGUGUGAGCAAGAAAACCACUCGUCAUCCCAUUACUCUUGCCCCCACUACCAAUUCGCCGCAAACCUCAAGCAAACCAUCGAAGAAACCAACUUCAAAACCAUCCCGUAAGCCAUCACGUAAACCUACUCGUAAACCUCAACGACCCGUCAAACCACAACGUCCAAGCGCCAAAUGUAACGAGGGUGAGUACUAUACCCACAAAAAAUGCGAUCAGUACUAUAUUUGUGUAAAUGGUGCUUUGGUGCCGAACUCUUGCGGUGGUGAUCUGCACUGGGAUGGUAUAAAACAGAUUUGCGAUUGGCCCGAAAAUGUACAGUGCGUUACUACCAGGCAGUACUUACGUCGUGUGAAGUCACAAGCGCUACGUUCCGGCAAUCUACUUGCACUGCGAAACUCCAACCCCAACGAUCCUUGUGACGGCGAAGAACGUGUAGCCUACCCAGGCGACUGCUCCAAAUUCCUUUUCUGUUUGUGGAAUCGAUUGCAGGGUGGUGAUUGUGGACCAGGUCUUCACUUCAACGAGGCAUUAAGCACCUGUGAUUGGCCUUUGUCAGCUAAGUGUACACAAGACGAGAGUGGUUACGGUGUCAGCGAGGUUGAGAGUUCCGAACAUGGUGAAAAUGAAAUUGCGCAAGGAAGCCCGGGUGUUGUGAAACCGAAACCCACAAAGCGUCCCGCGCCAACCACAACAACAACGACAACGCGUGCACCACGUCCCACAUAUCCAACUGAUAAGCCAGAACUGGCACCGCUAGACGGUUACUAUAAGGUGGUCUGCUACUUCACUAACUGGGCUUGGUACCGCAAAGGUGCGGGACGUUAUACACCAGAUGACAUCAAUACAGACUUGUGUACGCACAUUGUUUAUGGCUUCGCUGUGCUGGAUUAUUCCAACCUUGUGCUACGUACACACGAUUCCUGGGCAGAUAUCGAUAACAAGUUCUAUACACGCGUCAGUGGUUUGCGAAGCAAGGGUGUGAAGGUGAGUCUCGCCUUGGGUGGUUGGAAUGAUUCGCAAGGUGACAAAUACAGUAGACUUGUUCGCAAUCCCGCUGCAAGGGCGCGUUUCGUCAAGCAUGCCGUUGAGUUCCUGGAAAAGUAUGGUUUUGAAGGUCUCGAUCUGGAUUGGGAAUAUCCAGUGUGCUGGCAGACGGAUUGCAGUAAGGGUGUGCCGGAUGAGAAGCAAGCAUUUACGGCUUUGGUGCGAGAGCUCUCGGAGGAGUUCAAGCCACGUGGCUUACUGCUCUCAACUGCGGUGUCGCCCAGCAAGAAGAUUAUAGAUGCAGGUUAUGAUGUACCGCAGUUAGCUACAUACUUUGACUGGAUUGCUGUAAUGACCUAUGACUUCCAUGGUCAAUGGGAUAAAAAGACUGGACAUGUUGCGCCACUGUUCUACCAUCCCGAAGAUGAUAUCGACUACUUCAACGCCAAUUUCUCCCUGAACUACUGGAUUGAAAAGGGCGCGCCCUCACGUAAAAUUGUUAUGGGCAUGCCGCUAUAUGGUCAGUCUUUCACGCUGGAGAAUGCCAACUUCAACGGUCUCAAUGCUAAGGCACCCGGUCCUGGCAAGGCAGGCGAGUUUACACGUGCGGCAGGUUUCUUGGCCUACUAUGAGAUUUGUGAUCGCAUUAAGAAUGAUGGCUGGGAAGUAAUACAGGAUGAACAAGGACGUAUGGGACCUUAUGCACGUAAAGGCACACAGUGGGUGUCAUUCGAUGACCCCGCCAUGAUUCGUAAAAAGUCUCAAUUGGUGCGAGCCUUAAAUUUGGGUGGUGGUAUGGUAUGGGCCUUGGACUUGGACGAUUUCCGCAAUCGUUGUGGAGAUGGUGUACAUCCACUGCUCACACAAAUACACGAUGUGUUGAAAGAUCCACCAAAGGAUUAUGAAGAAUUGCCUGGCCUUAGUGCAAAUGAACCAAUUACACCCACUGUGGAAGCUGAGUCAGGUGAGGAUGUAAAUGGCAUUGAAAGUUCCGUCAUACCGGAAGAUAUAGAGACCGGCUUAGCCGAAGAAAAUGUCAUCGAUCCCAAUGGUGAUGUGGAAGAAGUGGAGUCUAUCGAAGAAACGGGUGAUGGCACGCACACUGGCACAGGCACCGAAAAUGAAGCUUCGCCUUCCGAAUUCAAAGUUGUCUGUUAUUUCACUAAUUGGGCCUGGUAUCGACAGAAUGGUGGCAAAUUCUUGCCCGAAGACAUUGACCCAGACCUUUGCACACACAUUGUGUAUGGUUUUGCGGUGCUCAAUCGCGAAACGCUUACCAUACAGCCACAUGACUCUUGGGCCGAUUUGGACAAUAAGUUCUAUGAACGAGUUGUGGCCUUCCGUAAAAAGGGUGUAAAGGUGACCGUGGCCAUUGGUGGCUGGAAUGACUCAGCCGGUGAUAAGUACGCACGUUUGGUACGCAAUGCGGCGGCCAGAGCACGUUUUAUAAACCAUGUUGUAGAAUUCAUACAGAAGUACAACUUCGAUGGUCUUGAUCUGGAUUGGGAAUACCCAGUAUGCUGGCAAGUGGACUGCACGAAGGGUACACCCGAUGAAAAGGGUGCAUUCACUGCAUUGGUGCGUGAGCUAUCGCAGGCCUUCAAACCAAAGGGACUACUGUUGUCAUCUGCAGUCUCGCCGAAUAAGAAAGUAAUUGAUGCUGGUUAUGAUGUGGCAACACUCUCAUAUUACUUUGACUGGAUCGCCGUUAUGACAUAUGACUUCCAUGGUCAAUGGGAUAAGAAGACUGGACAUGUAGCUCCUAUGUAUGACCAUCCAGCGGGCACUGAAACUUUUAAUGCCAAUUUCUCCAUAAACUAUUGGUUGCAAAAUGGCGCUGACCGACAAAAGAUCAUAAUGGGUAUGCCAAUGUAUGGCCAAUCGUUCUCAUUGGCACAAGCAGCCGAUCAUGACUUGAAUGCGCCAACUUAUGGCGGCGGAGAAGCGGGUGAAGCGACACGCGCACGUGGUUUCCUUGCUUACUAUGAGAUCUGCUCGUAUGUACGUCAGCGUGGUUGGAAUGUAGUCCGUGAUCCACGUGGUCGCAUGGGACCGUAUGCCUUCCAACGCGAUCAGUGGGUCUCCUUCGAUGACAUUUCAAUGAUCAGACAUAAGAGUGAAUAUGUUCGUGCGUUGGGCCUAGGUGGCGCUAUGAUUUGGGCUCUCGACUUGGAUGACUUCAAAAAUUUGUGCGAUUGUGAAACUUAUCCACUGCUUAAAACUAUUAAUCGUGUAUUGCGAAAUUAUCCGGGCGUGGCACCAAAGUGUGUACUAGAACAGAAGCAGCAUGCCAUGAUUGCUUCUGAUAGCGGUCCGUCGCAAGCUUAUACCGCCAAGCCAAAACCGGGUGCACCAAAACCAAAUCCUACAUACGCCAGUGAAUAUUUCGACUCAUCUCAACAGAUACAAAACUCUCCGCUAGAAGACUUCGGAACCGAGGUGGAGAAGCCCUGUAAUGGACGAAGCUUCGUGGCUCACGAAACCGACUGCAACAAGUACUACAUUUGUCAAUUUGAAAAAUUGAUCGUACAAAGCUGUCCGGUCGGUCUUUAUUGGAAUCAAUUUUACUGUGAUUGGCCGCAAAAUACCAAAUGUUCUAUGCGACAAGAGGCAACCACAAAGCGGCCAGUACCGCAGCGCCCUAAACCCACAAGCAUUACAACAACGCGUCCACAGCCCUCGAAGGCAACAAGCCGUCCGAAACCAACAGCAGCACCAACAUCGCCACGUCCUACGAAGCCGACCAAAAAGCCAUCACAGACACCCAGCAAAAAGCCAACAUCACGUCCAAAACCUCCCACUUUGCCACCAAUAACCGGUUCCGGCGAUUAUAAGGUCGUCUGCUACUUUACCAACUGGGCUUGGUACCGGCCGGGUGAGGGCAAAUAUGUGCCGGAAGAUAUUGAUGAAAACCUCUGCACUCAUAUAGUUUACGGUUUCGCUGUACUAGACGGUAACUCGUUGACCAUACGCACACACGACUCGUGGGCCGACAUCGAUAAUCAUUUCUAUGAACGCGUAGUUGCCUACAAGAAGAAGGGUAUACGCGUGACAAUCGCCAUUGGCGGUUGGAAUGAUUCAUUGGGCAGCAAAUAUGCACGUUUAGUGUUGGAUCCAGAGGCACGUGCACGUUUCAUACAGAGCGUACUUGCCUUCGUCGACAAAUAUGGUUUUGAGGGUCUCGAUUUGGACUGGGAGUAUCCAGUAUGCUGGCAAGUUGAUUGCAAAAAGGGUUCAGCAGCCGAGAAAGAAGGUUUUGUUGCACUGGUGCGCGAACUAUCCGUGGCUUUCAAACCGCGUGGACUUCUGUUAUCCGCUGCCGUUUCGCCCAGUAAAGUGGUUAUCGAUGCUGGUUAUGAUGUGCCACAGUUGGCGCGUUACUUCGACUGGAUUGCUGUCAUGACAUAUGACUUCCAUGGAAACUGGGAUAAGCAAACGGGUCAUGUAGCACCGCUGUACUACCUCGAGGGCGAUACGAAUGAAUAUUUUAAUGGCAACUUCAGUAUUCACUAUUGGUUACAAAAUGGCGCACCACGUGAGAAACUUGUUAUGGGCAUGCCAUUAUAUGGUCAAUCGUUUACACUGACGGAGGUCAGGCAACAUGGACUCAAUGCUAAAUCAACAGGUCCCGGACAAGCGGGCGCAUUUACACGCUCUGCAGGUUUCCUAGCCUACUAUGAAAUAUGUGAGAAGGUCAAUGGUGGUGGUUGGUCAGUGGAACAUGAUGCUCAGGGACGUAUCGGUCCGUAUGCUUACAACGGCAAUCAGUGGGUUUCAUAUGACGAUGUGUCGGAGAUACGUCGUAAAGCGCAAUUUGUCAAAAGUUUGGGUCUGGGGGGUGGUAUGGUUUGGGCUUUGGAUUUGGAUGAUUUCCGUGGACGCUGCGGCUGUGGUAAAUAUCCACUGCUGCGCACGCUCACGCAAGAGUUGCGUGGCAUACCGGGUCAAAGAGCGCAAGAUUGCACGUAAUGAUGAAGGGAGACAGAGAACGCGUCUACAGUUUUAGUAUACAAUAUACUCAUACUCUCGUGCCAAUAUUCGAUAUUUAAAUCAAUAUAAAUGUAAUAUCGGUUUAUUAGAAAUCUGUUUUCAAGAUCGCUAAAUUUAAAUCGAAUAUGCUUACAGCAAUAUGAAUUCUAAAAUAGCAAUAUAAUAGUUUUAAUUUUUAUACUUAUAGGAUUAGAUACGAUUUUGAAGAAAACGAAAACCUUGAUAUUAAAAUACUUUUAUAAGAUACUCAA